UUCACCUUUUCCGCCACCAUCUCCCAAAGUUUCUUCUUCUUGCACACCGGCUGGUCAAAAGCCUGGUCCAUCUCCAGGCGGGUGUUGACGAGGUGCCAUGUGGCCUGCAGGGUCCACACAAACUCUGCAGAGGGGGAAACAGCCAGGCGCUGAUAAUGAACUCAUCAGGCUCUCCUCGCAUCGCCACGGCCGGCUGCAACCUGUUAACUUCAGCCUGGACGCACUAACCUGCUUUUGUCUUGUCGGCAUCCAGGGAGUGGACCGAAGCAGUUGGAACUCCAUCUCCCAUCAGCACUAGCGCGUGUAGCGUCAGUGACGAGAGGAAAACUGAGCUAAGAGAAGCUGGGGUCUGCCAGGCAGAGAGAGCAUGGCGGCAGCACCUGUGCAAGGUAACUGGAAGCAGGCUCGGGGUUCGACCCCCUCCAGAGAGGGACCGCCAUCGUCAUCACCAGAGUCAUCGCUGACCUGGUGCCUGUCUCACCUCUCCAAACCCGGCUUGGCGGCUGAGGACCGGGGCAACGGCCAUGCAGAGUCAGGUGGCGGCAGAGAAACGGACAAGAGGUCCAGAGCUGCUCAGUGGCGGGCUCUGGUCGCCAUCCGGACGCAGCACAUCAAGGGCGGCAGCGCCGGCAUCGCCCGGUUCAGAGCUCAGGGGGGCCUCAAGCCCCUCCUGGACCUGCUGAAGCACCCCGAGUGCUCCCGCAAGAUCCUGGACCUCGCUCUGAGCAUCCUGGCCAACUGCUGCACCGAGCUGGAGACACGAAACGAGGUUCGCAAGCUUGAUGGAAUAACUAUUGUAGUGGACAUCCUGAGGAGAAACGUUGCCUUGGAGACGGUCCAAAACAGAGCCGCCAGGGCUUUGGGAAACUUGGCCAUGGAUCCAGAAAAUUCAGCCCUCAUCCACUCCGCCGGUGGUGUUCCCCUUCUCCUCCUCUGUGUGUCUCUUUCCUCCGCUGCGUCCUCCCCGACCGCCGCUCCGACCAAAGCCCCCUGUCCUAAACUGGAGUGCGCCCAGUCAGCUGCCCGGACCCUCCUCUACCUCUCUGAUACGCCCUCUAACCGCCUGUCACUGCUCACCCAAGGGACGCUAUCCUCCCUCGCCCCUCUCAUCGCUCCAGAAUACCCCCAGGGGCUGAGGCGGGCGGCCCUCAGGACCCUGCACGAGCUCACCCGGGGCUGCAGCGUCGAAUGCGCCAGAGAGGUGUCGCGCUCGGGGGUCCUCGCUCAGCUUGGCGCCAUGGCGACGGGCGAGUCCGGCAAACCUUUCGAGGAGCUGGCCCUGAAAACCCUGGCGAACAUGUGCUCCCAAGGCUGCCUGCGCCCCCUCGUGGGGUCGCUGGGCGUCAUUCAGAAGUUUACAGAGGAGGUUAAAAGGGACCCUCUCAAGUCCGGAGUGUUCCUCAAGGCGCUCUGCUUGUGUUGCAAGGAGGCGGUGAACCGGGCUAAGGUGAAGGAGAGUGGCGGGCUGGAGGUGCUAACCGGCUUCCUGGCUGCCCAUCAGAGUCACCCCCUUUCCCGCCUCACCAUCCUGGCCUGUGUCGACUUUGUUUACGACGAAUCUGCCAUGGAGCAGUUGCAAGAAUUAGGGCUGGUCCCUCUGCUUGUCGCCCGACUGGUCGAGUUCACCAAAGGGGAGGAGCCGUCCGCCGAGAAGACGGACGUCAGCUUCAUCUCCAGCAUGUCUCCCACCGAGCUGCUGCCCUCGUCCUGUUUUGAUUCCUUCGACUUCCCUCCUCCUGAAGGCCACAGGAAGGAGGAGGCCGGCAGAGAGCAAAGCCUCGGUUCAUCCAGCUUUCAGAGUCUCAGGUCUUGGCUGGUGUCUGAGGGUCUGAUCUCCUCUGAGGGGGAUCUGCUGGAUUCAUCCGGCGGAGUGGAGGGGGACUGGGCCAGCCUUCAGAUCACACCCUCUUCAUCCCCUCAAACUCCCCUCCCAAACCCCGAUUCCUCUCUCAAAAGCCCCUCCUCUUUGCAUCCUGUCACCCCCUCUGCUUCCAAAUCAGUAGCUCCGCAUGCCCCCGUGUCCUCCUCAGCCCUGCACCAACUAUCAUCGCCAUCGAAAAACGCUGAUCCGCCUCCUUCCUCUGCUCAGCCAUCCUGUGCGCUCACGCCUCCGGUUCAGCUCAGCUCUCCCUCAGGACUUUCCUCUCCCACGAAAACACCUCAAACUCCCGUCUCCCCGUCAAAAUUCUCCUCCCCUCAAAGGAAAAGGCCACGGGUUCAUUCAUCAACACGCUUGGCGAAGGUCACUCUUGACACGCCUCCCUCUGCGCCCCGAGUGAUGGCGUACCACCACCCGUACCACCCCGAACCCUGGACGCCCGAGUCUCCCAUCCUGCUGCUGCUGUCCCGCUUCUCCCACGCCACCGACCCGAGUGCCGCCCUGGUCAACUCGGGCAUCAUCUCCGGCCUGCUCUUCUACCUCACCCAGCACCAAGACCCCAGCAGCAGGUGCUUCCGCCUGCUGUGCCGACUGAGCUGCAACCCAAACUGUUUGCAGGCGCUGGUCCGAACCGGCUCGGUGGCGCUGAUUCGGCACCAUCUCUGCCAGGGGAAGAGCGGGUUGGAGAGGGAGGAGAGGCAGAUGGACCGAGUCAAAGCCAAAGUUAACCAGCUGGGCCUCGCUCUCCUCAGUAAUCUGCGUGUGCAGAGUGAGUCCGGCUUUGGCUCGGGGGUUUUGGCCCAUGUGAUGCUGUCUGGCUCCGAGUCAGACAAGAUGAACUGUGCACUUUCUCUGCCUCUAAUAAACAGUAACAAAGCCCUUUUGAAGAAACUUCUUUUGGACAACGGUGGACUGCUCUUGGCCCUGCAGCCUCUGGGCUGCAGCGAAGACGACACUGAGGAAGACCACACUUUUGAAUGUGGAAGGCUGCUCUCUGAUUGGUUAAAUUCACCUCAUUUAGGCCUGACCUCCCAGCUCCACUCUCUGUACUUUUCUCUCCUGAUUGGAUGCCUGUCGAGCCUGGUGGGCGGCAUCAAAUUGGAGCUUGACAAAAAACACCUCAGCCCAGUUAAAAAACAGUCUGUCAUUGAAACUGGUGGUUUGCCUCCUCCCUUGAAAAAGCCUCGGCUGGCUGACACUUGUCCUUACCGUGACUCGAACUUUGACCUCCUGUUCUUGCUGGACGACGGGACACAGGUAUCAGCCAACAGGGAAGCCGUGGCGGGGGUGGAAGGGACGGACUGGGUCGGUUCUGAAUACUUCAGGGCUUUGUUGAGGGGCGGGUUUGACGAAGCCCAGGGCAGCGCAGGAGGAGCCAUCCCCAUCAAGGACGUCAGCAGAGGAAUGCUGCUACCGGUGCUGCAUUACCUGCAUGGCUGUCGCCUCACAAACGACACAGAAACCUCAGAGGACCAGUUUGGAAACAAUGGGGCAGCCACAGGGGGACAUUGUCAGCUUUUGGGAUCUUUGGCCCAUGAAGGACUGGGCAUCUGCCAGGGGGAGACAGAGGACGACUUCAUGGAGGAGCUGGCUUUCGAGAAAACGCCUCUGGGUGAGAUGAUGACGGGAGCGUGCCGGUUCCUGGUGACCGAGCUGCAGAGAGAGGUGGAGGAUCUCUGCGUGUCUCUUCUGUCCUGCUCUGGCAGGGCUGCGAGCCGAGGUGCGUCGGCUCCCACAGGGGACGAUGCAGGAAGGUCUGAAUGUAAAAUGGAGGAAGAAUGCCAGGAGGUGGAGUCGGCUGAUGAGAGCCUGGCUAGCCAAACAUCUGAGUUAGAGCUGAGUGGUCUUGAGACAGAAUUUUUACCAGGACAGGUGGAGAAACCAAACAAUCCCGUAUCUAGCUCCCCACACCGGGCAGACAGUAAACAGCCCACCGGAUCUGGACCAGUCCGAAAGGCCAGCAGGGCGUUCAGCACAGCUUCAGACUGUAAGACGAUCUCAUGCGUAACUCCGAUUCCCAAAUCAAGCUGUGCGUCAAACUCAGACAAAUCGUUGCAUCCAGCAGAGGUGAAGUUAAGACCAAAGAACUUGCUGACGAGCUCGGCCGCUCAGGACUCCUCCUCCUCCUCGAAAGCCGGUGCUGGAGGUUGGGCCCUGGCUGCUCUGCUCCCACAGGUGUACUGGUUCUCCCAGCGCUACAGCUACCCUGCACUGGGCAGGGCUUGCCUGUCUGUCCUGCUGGGCUGUCAGGACUCCCCCGGGCUCUUCCCCUCCUCCUCCUCCGCUGGGGAUUGCCUUUGCAGGCUGGCCAGAGAGGCUGACUGCACCGAGACUCUGAAACGGGAUCUGCUGAGUCUGGUCACGUUAGCUCUGAGCUGAACGAGGACUGAAAUGCUGUUCAGGUGUGACUGGUGACAUGAAGUCACACGAUGUGAGAGUUGACUUGAGGGCUCAUUAUAAUGCACCGGGAAAGUUACCAUUAUGAUAAUCCAUCAUGAGUUUAUCUGAAUAGUACAAAUGCUGGUUUUGACAGCAUGAUGCCUGAGGACAUGCUGUAUGUCUUAUUUCAAAUUAUUUGUUUACAGAAUUGACUGAUCUUUGAUUUUUAUUUUCAUAAUUUGGAGGCAAAUUUAUUUUCAGUCUAGCUUUGAUGUAAAUUGAUAUACUGUAGCAUAGUUUCCCUGUCCCAGCAUGACAUAAUGUAACAAAUUGUAUUAUAAUUUACUGUUGCUCCAUUAAUUUCUAAUGACAUUUGUAUUUGUAUGUUUCAUAUAUAUCUAUAUCUGCAGAUAUAGAUAUAUAUAUAUAUUUUUCAUUUAGGGAAAAAUUGAGUGAAUGUCAGCACAUUUGUUAAGUGUCAUUUAGCUGGAAAUACUGGAAUUAUCAGGGUUGGUCUAGGUGCCAUUUGUUUAUUCUGUACAUAGAGAUGAAGAGUAGCAGAGAUUGCGAUAGCACAUAAAUAUAUAAACAUAGAUUUCACCUGUUCCAUGUAAAAUCAUGGCUCUGAAUAAAUACCUUGGAACACCA